AUGGCCCCUAAAUCCCAGACCAACGCCUACGUACUAGGCGUUGGCAUGACCAAGUUCAUCAAGCCGCGUCGACUCCGCCCGUACACUGAACUAGGAUUUGAAGCUGGAGCCAAAGCGCUCCUGGACGCCGGCAUCACAUAUGACGAUGUUGAGACUGGCAUUGCUUGCUAUUGCUACGGUGACACCACCUCCGGCCAACGUAUUUUCUAUCAAUUCGGCAUGACCAACAUCCCCAUCUACAACACCAAUAAUGCCUGUGCCACGGGUUCAACCGGCUUACAACUGGCGAGGACACUGGUGAAAGGCGGAGUGGUUGACUGCGCUAUGGUCAUCGGCUUUGACACCAUGAAUCCUGGGAGCAUUAAAUCUGUUUGGAACGACAGACCGAGCCCAAUGGGUCUCGGUACUAAGAUUAUGGAAGAGACUUAUGGCAAACACGAUUCUCCCAGAAAUGCCCAGUUUUUCGCCAACGCUGGGCGGGAAUAUAUGCAGAAAUACGGUGCUGAACCCCGUGACUUUGCGGAAAUCGGCCGCGUCUCCCAUGAGCACUCGUCCCGCAAUCCAUAUGCGCAAUUCAAUCAAGUAUACACUCUCGAGGAGAUCGAGAAAUCGCCCAUGAUUCACUUCCCGAUCACGAAACUCCAAUGUAGUCCAACCUCGGACGGAUCUGGGUCUGCAAUUAUCGUCUCACAGAAAUUCCUCGAUGAGAGACCUCACCUGAAGUCGAAAGCAAUCCUCAUCGCUGGACAGAGCCUAAUGACGGACUCACCUAAACUCUAUUCUCGCAGUGCGAUGGACCUAGUCGGAUAUGAAAUGGCUAAGUCAGCUGGAAAGGCCGCGCUGGCUGAGGCUGGCGUCAACGCUAAAGACAUUAAAGUUUGCGAAAUGCACGAUUGCUUUAGUGCGAACGAGCUCAUCACCCUUGAAGCACUCGGUUUCUGUGACGAGGGCAAGGCCCACCAUAUGGUAAGAAAUGGCGAUAUUACCUAUGGUGGGCAAGUCGUGAUCAACCCAUCAGGCGGACUGAUCUCCAAGGGCCACCCACUGGGCGCCACCGGGUUGGCCCAGUGCUGUGAAUUGACAUGGCAACUUCGAGGAUGGGCCAACAAUGGCCGUCUUGUCAAGAACGUCGACGCUGCGUUGCAGCACAAUCUCGGUCUAGGAGGCGCAGUCGUUGUUACCGUCUACAAGCGUGCAGAUGGCAAGAAGAAUACAGACGUUAGUGUCAGUGAUUCUGAAAUCGCCAAGUCGAGCGGCUUGGGAUACAAUCCUGCCAUUGAAGCAAGGCAGAUCACCAGUGAGGUCGCUGAGAAGGUUAGAAGCAAGAACUUCAAAUCCGAAUAUGCGCUGGGGGAUACACCCGAGAGAUUGCAAGCCAGAUUGUAA